CGUGCCUCCCCGUAAUGUCACUGCGCAAGCGUAUUUUCUAUUGGGUCCAAUGUUUGGCAGGCACGUGAGUUGCGCGACGUCAUCAUAAACAUUCGUAGGAAAGAUGGCGGCUCCUGGCCAAGGAAAGGUUUUUUACGAUCAGGAAGGCGUGUUCAUACAUUCAUCUUGUGGAAAGAGUGAUGAGCAAGACACUUUAAUACCUGGAAUUUUACGUGUAAUAGAAAAGGAUGAGGAAGUUGUAGUAGAUUGGAGGCCUCUAGAAGAAACCAUAGAUUCCUCUAAUAUCCUUUGUGCUGUAAAGGAUUCAAGCUCGGUUGUAGAGUGGACUCCAACUACAAAGGAGAGGGGAAUGCAUUUAACAGAUCACCAGAACAGUUAUGAAGCAGAGUGGGAUAUGGUCAACACAGUUUCUUUUAAGAAAAAACAAUUUACAAAUGGAGGUGUUCAAAGUCCCUUAAAUGGCCAGAGCAAAUGGUCAUUCCUCUUCAGCUUGGCAGACCUGAAGUCAAUUAAACAGAACAAAGAAGGCAUGGGGUGGUCUUAUUUUGUUUUCUGCUUGAAGGAUGAUGUUGUCCUUCCAGCUCUUCAUUUCCAUCAAGGAGGAAGCAAACUUCUGCUUGAGUGCCUUGCGAAACAUGUGAUGUUUUGUGAAUCUGAGGUGGAUGGCAGAAUUCUUUUGGUCAAUUGUCAGAACAAAAACCUUGGUUUUGAAAACCUUCUGGAAGAGUCAACAUAUAGUUUAUAUCAAAAAUUAAAGAGAGACCCAUAUACUGCCACCUUUGCUAGCUUUUCCAAAGUUACAAACUACUUGUACGACACCAUACGAGGUUCUGAUCCUGUUACUCAACGCAGGCCACGUCAGGAAAUGGCAGAGUUUUUGGGUGAUGCAAUCCAGGAUCUAAAAAUAAACCAGCAGGAGGAAUCUGGAUUUGAAGUAAUAACUCGAAUUGAUGUUGGAACACGCCCAGAAGUUCAUCGAAGGGAUCCUGUCUCAACAGCUGAAUGGGAAGCCAAUGUAGACCAUGAAGGAAGAAUCUGUAAUGUGGAUCACAUUAAGAACAUGAUUUUUAAAGGGGGUCUUUGUCAUGCCUUAAGAAAAGAGGUUUGGAAAUUCCUUCUGGGCUACUUUCCAUGGGACAGUACAAGAGAAGAACGAGCUCAGUUGCAAAAAAGGAAAACAGACGAAUAUUUUCGAAUGAAACUUCAGUGGAAGUCAGUCAGUGAAGAACAAGAGAAGCGAAAUUCUAAACUCCGAGAUUAUAGAAGUUUAAUAGAAAAAGAUGUCAACCGCACAGAUCGAACAAACAAGUUUUACGAGGGCCCGGAUAAUCCAGGAUUAAACUUACUUCAUGACAUUUUAAUGACAUACUGUAUGUAUGAUUUUGAUCUCGGCUAUGUGCAAGGCAUGAGUGACUUGCUUUCUCCUGUUCUGUAUGUUAUGGAAAAUGAAGUAGAUGCCUUUUGGUGCUUUGUAUCUUACAUGGAUCAAAUGCAUCAGAAUUUUGAGGAGCAGAUGCAAGGAAUGAAGAUGCAGCUAGUUCAUCUGAGUACUUUGCUGCGGUUACUGGACUGUGGUUUCUGCAGUUACCUUGAAUCUCAGGACUCUGGAUACUUAUAUUUCUGUUUCCGGUGGCUUCUUAUCAAAUUCAAAAGGGAAUUUAAUUUUCAAGAUAUUCUACGAUUGUGGGAGGUAAUAUGGACAGAUUUGCCUUGUCAGAAUUUUCAUCUGCUUAUUUGCUGUGCUAUCCUGGAAUCCGAAAAACAAAUAAUUAUGGAGCAAAAUUUUGGAUUCAAUGAAAUUCUUAAGCACAUCAAUGAACUUUCCAUGAAGCUGGAUGUUAACGAUGUUCUGAGCAAAGCUGAAGCAAUUUCUUUGCAGAUGAUGAAGUGCAAGGAUUUACCACUGAAUGUUUGUGAUGUUAUUGGCUUAAAGAACAAUGGGGUUGCAGGACCGUAUGAAGCAACAAAUGAAGAAAACCUUGCCAAAAAACAUAAAAAAACAACACCUCAAUAUGUCCCAGUGCCUGUUAUUGCUGCCAAUGGAACACAAAAUGCUGCAACCCUGCAAACUUUGCCAAACAGUGUUCACACACCAACUUCUGCCUAAUAACACCAAUACCUGCCAAACAAGGGAACUUACUGAAGAAAACUCAAGUGAACAGGUUUUGGAGAAUUCCAAACCUUUUUAUCUACAGCAGCAAGACAGCUUUUCAAAAGGCAAGAUAUGAACAAAUUAUUUUUCUAGUGGACACAAACCACCUCUCUAUUAUUCCUUAACCCUUUCAGUGAUAAAGCAAGUUUACAUUGUAAACUGGAAAAUAUUUAUUUUUAGUGGCUUACAUGACAGCAAUGGAGAUAAAGCAACUUGAAUAUCAUAUGUUUUAUAUUAUAUUCCUAAAAAAAAGUGCAACAAGCAAAAGCUUUGUUCAUAACUGCUAAUUUUAUUUCCAUAUGUUGUAGUAAUAACAAUACUGAAAGUGGUGUUUGUUUAAGGAGGACUUAACUACAUUCUUUUUUGUAAUCAUGUUUUGCAGUGUUCAAUACAGUCUAAUAUAAGAUCCCAAAGGAAAGUAUAUUGGGAUUCCAGCUAUAAUGUAUUCAUAUAAUUCAUAGAGCAAUUACAAAGCAUACAUCUUUCUUUACAAGAAUAUUUCUGAAGAGACCGAGCCUAUGGUGAUUUUCUAAUUUUACUUCUAUUUUGAUAGGAAGUCUGAUUACUGAGUUUAACUCUCCCUUGCCUUUCCCAUGUACAUUUAUCCUACGUUCAAUUUAUGUUAAAGAAAUGAUGCUAAGAUAUAUUUUGAGCGAAAUGUUAAAUUAAACAUUUGUUGUAACCAAACUGCAUUUCGAAUAUCAAUCCUUUCAGGUAUUACUCCUCACUGCAAUAUUUUCCUUUGUCCGUAAAAAAAAAAGCUAAAGGAAACGAUUUCUAUUAAGCGCACCAUCAUUUUCUUUCAACCCAGUGUUGCAUAUAAUGCUGCAGAAUGGUAUAAGAUUAGUAGGAAAAAAACAGAUUAGUUACUUACUUUGGUGGUGAAACUGGUUCGUUUUCACACUGGCCACUUAAAGGAGAAGGAAAGCUACCGAAGCAGUUUAUUGCCAAUAGAUUAGCCACAAUAGUGCAAGCUAUAACACUAUAUUCAUUCUGCAGAAUGCUUUUCCAUACCCAAGUAUACCCAAAGUAUACCCCAGCCCUAGAAGCUCUCUCUGUUUGUUUAGGAUAUCAGCUGCCAUAUUAGCUUGGUGUGACAUCAUUUCCUGCCUGAGUUUCCCUGCUCACUCAGCUCUGGGCUCAGAUUACAGCAGGAGGGGAGGGGCGAAAAGGGAGAGGGAAGCAAACUGAGCGUGCGCAAACCCUAGUCCUGGAGGUUACAGAAGCCCAUGUGUACACAAUAGAAGGAAAUAAAUGAUGUGUUUAUUUUGACAGAGGACUCAGAGCAGCAUUACUUUGAGGGUUUGCUGGUGUAUUUAUGUAGACAUUUCUAAUAAAGCUUAAUUAAUUUUAGCCUUUCCUUCUCCUUUAAUCAGCAGCUUUAGAUGCAUUCAGUGUCCAGCAUGAUUUUUGGUUAUAUGUUUUGAAAAUAAUUCGCUAAAUGUAUCACUUGUACAGUACUGUAAAUAUUAAAUAAAUCUCUGAUUUGUACAGA